AUGUUUGCAGCACGUAGAGCGUUCGCCGGCGUUGCCCAGUCACGGGCAUUCUCCGCCUCGGCAAGAGACUUGUCGAAAGUUACCGUCCUUGGAGCUGCUGGAGGAAUUGGACAGCCUCUUUCUCUCCUUCUCAAGCUGAACCCUCGGGUUACCGAACUCGCUCUAUACGAUAUCCGCGGAGGCCCAGGUGUCGCGGCAGAUAUCUCCCACAUCAACACAAAGAGCAAGGUCACCGGCUAUGACCCAACACCUUCCGGACUUGCCUCUGCGCUCAAGGGUGCAGAGAUUGUCCUCAUCCCAGCCGGCGUUCCCCGAAAACCUGGUAUGACCCGUGACGACCUUUUCAACACAAACGCCUCGAUCGUUCGCGACCUCGCAAAGGCAGCUGCCGAAUCUGCUCCAGAAGCAAACAUCCUCGUCAUCUCAAAUCCAGUCAACAGCACUGUCCCAAUUGUUGCCGAAAUCUUUAAGGCAAAGGGAGUUUACAACCCAAAGCGUUUGUUUGGUGUCACCACUCUCGAUGUUGUCCGCGCAUCCAGAUUCGUUUCCGAAAUCAAGAACAGCGAUCCAGUAGAUGAGAACAUCACCGUUAUUGGAGGACACUCUGGUGUCACCAUUGUUCCUCUCUUCUCCCAAUCCAGCCACCCAGACUUGGUUGGAAAUGCCGAACUCCUCCAGCGCGUACAAUUCGGUGGUGAUGAGGUUGUCAAGGCAAAGGAUGGUGCUGGAUCUGCCACCCUAUCAAUGGCCAUGGCUGGUGCCCGUUUCGCUGAGAGUUUGUUGAAGGCUGCACAAGGACAAAAGGGUGUUGUUGAGCCAACAUUCGUUGACUCCCCAUUGUACAAGGAUGAGGGUAUUGAUUUCUUUGCCAGCAAGGUUGAGCUUGGCCCCAACGGUGUGGAGAAGAUUAUGGAUGUUGGAAAGCUCGAUGCUCAGGAGCAGAAGCUUUUGGAUGCAUGCAAGGAGGACUUGAAGAAGAACAUCAAGAAGGGUGUUGUUUUCGUCGCCGAGAACCCAGGCAAAUAA